GGUCCCGGAGAGUUGAUUCCUUCUCAUAUCAGAAGGUUGUUUAGGAGUAGAUGUGACCCUCCUCCUUUUCAGCAUCAGCAAAAAGAAAAUCUUCCUCCACUCAACUUCUUCAACCUCACAUCUCAGGACGAGGGAUUCACUUUUUAAAUAAGAAGCCAACAAUGUCCCACCAAGACUCCUCGGCUCCCACCGGUAGCCUGGCCAGCCAGGGCACCACUAACGCCGGUUACAGCUCCAGCACGGUGCCGAUGAUCGCCCAAAGAGAUUCCAGGGAUAGUUGGAGCAAAAAGAUGGAUUUUCUCUUAUCUGUAAUUGGUUUUGCUGUGGAUCUAGGCAAUGUCUGGAGGUUCCCUUAUAUCUGUUACCAAAACGGAGGCGGUGCUUUCCUCAUCCCCUACACCCUGAUGGCUGUCUUCGGAGGGGUCCCCCUCUUCUACAUGGAGCUCGCAUUGGGGCAGUUUCACAGGACUGGAGCCAUCUCCAUUUGGAAACACAUCUGCCCCAUUUUUAAAGGGAUCGGAUUUGCUAUCUGCAUCAUCUCUUUGUACGUGUCCUUCUAUUACAACACCAUCAUCGCCUGGGCACUCUAUUACUUCUACUCAUCCUUCACCAGCACGCUGCCCUGGACCAGCUGCGACAACGUCUGGAACACGCCCAACUGCACCAACUACUUCGGCACCAACAACGUGUCCUGGGAUAACUACUCCCAUUCCCCUGCCGAGGAGUUUUAUACGAGGAAUGUGCUGGAGAUCCACAAGUCAUCGGGGCUGCGCGGAGUGGGGGGCCUGCGCUGGCAGCUCGUGCUCUGCCUCUUCCUCAUCUUCACCAUCGUCUACUUCAGCCUGUGGAAGGGAGUCAAGACGUCAGGGAAGGUGGUGUGGGUGACAGCGACCCUGCCCUAUGUGGUGCUCUUCAUCCUGCUGAUUCGUGGAGCCACCCUGCCUGGCGCUUGGAGGGGCGUCGUCUUCUACCUCAAACCCAAAUGGGAGAAGCUGCUCGAGACCAAGGUGUGGGUGGAUGCAGCAGCCCAGAUUUUCUUCUCUUUGGGACCUGGGUUCGGAGUGCUCCUUGCCUUGGCGAGCUAUAACCCCUUCACUAACAACUGCUACCGAGAUGCCAUCGUGACCAGUCUGGUAAACUGCAUGACUAGUUUCCUCUCAGGCUUUGUGAUCUUCACGGUGUUGGGGUACAUGGCAGAAAUGAGGAAUGUGGAAGUAGAGGACGUGGCAAAAGACAAAGGUCCCAGCCUCCUGUUCAUCACCUACCCUGAGGCCAUUGCUAACAUGGUGGGCUCCACGUUUUUUGCCAUCAUAUUCUUCAUGAUGGUGAUCGCUCUCGGACUAGACAGUACGUUUGGCGGUCUGGAGGCUAUCAUCACGGCUGUGAUGGAUGAGUAUCCUCAGUACCUGUUCAAGCGGAGGGAGUUGUUCGUGCUGGGGCUGGUGAUCGUGUGUUUCAUGGGCUCGCUCAGCACCCUUACCCAUGGGGGUGCCUAUGUAGUUCAGCUGCUUGAGACGUUUGGAGCGGGCUGUUCAAUCAUUGCAGUGGUUUUCUUAGAAGCCAUCGCUGUGUCGUGGUUCUACGGUAUCCAGCGGUUCAGUAAUGAUGUCAAAGCCAUGCUGGGCUUUGCUCCAGGAAUCUUCUGGAAAGUGUGUUGGGUUGCUAUCAGCCCUGCCUUCUUAGCAUAUAUAAUAGUGAGCUCCCUGUUGGAUCGGCACCCCCUCAUACUGUUUGACUACAAGUAUCCUGACUGGAGCAUCACAGUGGGGUUCAUCGUUGGGGCUUCUUCCUUCAUCUGGAUCCCAGUUUACAUGGUCUACAAGCUGGUGUGGACCCCCGGCUCACUCAAGCAGCGUUUGGCGGUGUGUAUGCGUCCAGAGAGGACAAUGCGAGAGCCGCACACUGAUUCACUCAGCAUGACUCCCGUCCCCUAAGCCAGCCAGGAGCCCAGAACCGAAGGGUGGAUGCCUACACCCGUGCGGGAAGCUGCAGCUCCAGCGAUUAAGCAAAGAGAACCAUUUUUUUUUUAAAAAAGACACUUUACAAAGAAACUCCAGCCGAGUCCAUCGUUUUACCAACAGAAGUGCGAUGACGGUGACUGCAGCCUUCUCGAGAGCUCGGCCUCAGAGACCUUGAGGAGCUGAAUGAAGACAGAGAGUCUGACCAAGAAACAAAACCCCCUCUACAAACAGAAACAAAACAAAGAUAGGCCAUUCGCACUGGCUUCUGCUGUGCCAAAGUCCUGAACUGAAGUGUUUAAGUGUAUAUAUAUAUAAAAUUGUGCCAGUGUUUAUACUUAGGAAUGCUGUGUCUAGAUUACGGUAGUAUCCACUAUCAUGCAUUGUUUAUCUUUCAAGCUUGUGAAAAUCUGCUGCCAAACAUUCCCUGCAAUGCUGAUAACUGGGGCCGGAAUUUUUGGCCAAAUAUGUAUAUAAUAUUUUACAAUAUAACGUAUUGAAAUACAGUUAUCACUGCCAUCUUUUAAACAGAUAAGAAGAUGAUGGAAAUUCAGAAAUCCUUUGCAAGAGAUUUAGCUAAAACACUUGCAAACAUAGCUGUAGCCUGCUCACAGCCCUCUGCUAUCUUCCUCAAACAAUCCAUGGGGGAGGGGAAAUCAGUUAUAUUGUCAUUGUCAUUACAUGUAAUUGCAUUAUGUUCAAGGGAAGUCAGCAGUAUACUAUAUAUAUCUUUCAUUCUUUAUAAAUAAGGCACGCUUCUUUUGCCCACUUGUCCAUUAUGGAGAGAGUAUAUAUGCCUCAAAUAUUAUACAGUGUGAUAUUUAUUUGAUAUGUGUUGCAAACUUAUGCAUAGAUUGUUACACGGUCCCCUUUCAUAUGAGGAGAAAUAUAUUCCAUAUACUGUAAGCGUUCUACGUGUAAGCGACAUGAUUUGGUUUAAUCUGUUACUCUGUAAACUCUCCCUGUUUAAGACCAUGAUGAGUCAGAGCCCAGUCCUGUGUCCGUGGCUGCCGUUCGUAAAACGCAACGUUGUUAAAGUAAAAGCCUUACAAUGCAUGUUGUUUUACACUCGUGAAAAAGUGAAGACCGUCUUACUUAUGAAGUUUACACCAUCCUCAUACCUUAAAAUUAAUAGCUCAGAAAUACCAUUAGAAUACAUUAGAUUGCCCUAAACAAAACUUAGCAGCACCACUGGCGUACACAGCAUUAGUAGCAAUGGCACUAUCAACCUAAUAAUGACAGCCCAUAGCAAUCCAGUAUAUGUCUGCACACUGGCACUGAUGUAGCACCAGUAAUGUCAUGGAUUAGAAGGGUGUCUUGGUUCACUCCACUGCAAUAAUAAUUGUAUGACUCCAAGCUACCAUAUUUCCUUCAUCUAGAAUAACUGCAUUCCUAUUGAUAAUUAUUUGGUAUUUAAAUGCGUCUGUCAGUAACAUUCCUGUAGUUUCAUCCGUGCUUUAUGAAAAUGGUUGUUAAGGUCGGACCAUAACUUCUCUGAACGUUAUAAAUGGCAGGAGCCUGUAAACUGCUGCUGUGAUCCUUAAAACACACUUGUGAAACAGUGUGAGGCAUUUCAGUAUUUGCUAUACCUAGUUAAACAUAGCUAUCUCAUUUAGUAUGUUACCAAGUGUAUCCAAUGUGAAGUCAGUGUCUAAAUCAAGCGAACAAAGAAAAGUGGUUUGCAAUCUACAUAUUUAAAGUUUGCUGUAAAAAAAAUUAUAAUGGGUGUGACGGCUGAUGUAUUUUUUAAUAAUCUAUGACUGUUAACAAAAAAAGGAAAAAAAAACAUGUUGCCCAACAUGCAAAGCAUUUAGAUUACCUCAAGAAUUGAACUUAAAAUAACUUCAUAGAGAAAGACAAAUAGCUGCUACUGUACUACUGUAAUCUUGUUGGGUUUGAUAUGGGGUUGGGGUUAAAAAAAAAAAGGACUUGCUAUCUUAAAAAAAAAUAAUUCACUAACUGAUCAAUUUCACAACUCCCAGCUCAUUGUGAAGUUGAAGGUUUGCUAGCUGUGGUCAUGGCAUGCCCCCCAAGAUUAUUAUUAGAAAUGUACAAACCACAUAUGAAAAGUUCAACUCUACAUUCAUUGGGGGAAUAGUGAAAAGGACACAAAAGAAUAGGCAAAGGCACAAAGUAACUGAGCAGGUUUAACAGGGAGUGAUAUGGGUUAUUUUGUGAUUGUAUGUCUCAAUAGAAAAAUACAUUGCUGUUCCAACAGUCAAAAGUAAUAAAUAAGAAACCUAUGUGUAAAAACAAGUCUCCUACUUGUACUGCAUUGUACCAUUCUUUGACAAAGGGCUGGUGCUCAUUGUGAGUAGUUGAUCUGUGUGUAAUAGAAAUGUGAAUGUUAUUAUUGAUUGAUUUAUUGUGUUUAUAUUUGGCCAGUGUAAUCCUGCAAGUUUAAAAAUGUAGACUUGGUAUUUAUCUUACUAUCAAAGCAUGGCAUCAAGGCAUUAAAGAUUCAUAAUGCCUGCCUCGUGUUAUCAACAACACGUCUGUAUCAUCAGAAAAAAAAAACUGCGCUGGUUCCAUGAAAUCCAGAAGAAUAAAAUAAUAAUCUAGAUGAAAAAAAAAUGGCUUGAAAAAUAAGAAGUAAAAAUCCACAGGCUGUGGCCAUGUAUUAAUUAAAGACAUUCUGUGCAGGAGGACACGUUAUUUGAUUAAGGUGUACAAUCAGAUUAUGUUCUUGGUAUAAGAAGUAUCUCAAAUGGAACAUUACUAAGAGUUCCGACUCAUGCCUUUAACCCAUUAAGUACCAAACACAUUUUUCUUUGAAAAAAUCAGAACACAAGCUGUAUUUAUCUAAUCUGAUACAUUAAAUUUGUUGUGGUUGACACAAUUAGAGUUAGUUAUCAAUAUACUUUUGGGGUAUGAAGUUCAAUUUAGCUUUUUUAUUUCAAUUCCUUGUUGGAUUUAGAAAUAUCUUAAAUUCAAUGGGAAAUGUUUCGCUUAGAAGUCGUUUUCAACACUGAGCCAAACUGAGUUUAAGAUUAGGAUUUCUUGUUAGUUUGGCUAGUAUAAGGCUUCAUUGACAAACACCAAUAAAACCCUGGAUGCUCCCGACGAUUCAAACCCUCUCUUGAUGCAGACAGCAUUUGUGGUUGUAUCGCUUGUCUUUUCAAAUGAUAGCUUUAUAUGUUCUUUAUUUUGUGUCAAAGACACCCAUCUCUGUGAAAUGUGGGUCAGUCGGCUGAAGAAGAGCAUUUAUUAAUUACUGUGUUGAUUUGCAUGCGCCUGCACCCUCCUGUAGCAUUCUGCAGCUCGCAACACAAAGGCCUGUAUGCUUCAAACCUGAACUGUUUUAAUGACAUGUUUUAUUAAAGAGCUGCCCACAAUUACUGGCUGAUG